CGAGGACCCAGCUGACACCGGACACACGAGGGUAGGCUGUGUCUAUUUACCACGUCAACCGACUCGCCGAAUCGAUGGAGAGAUGCGAUUAACUACAGUCGAUCUUAAAUUCGGUCAAUAGGCGCGCGUCACUGAUUGUCCCCUUCGCACUGGCAUCUCACAGCACAAAGACGGAAACAGCUGGGUGAAUGUUUACAUGUCAGAGAUGUGGGUAUGAGCUCAUGGAUGUGUUGUCAUGUACCAAGUAUCCUGCUCGUGCCUCCGGUUGUUUUCAACGUUUUAACCGAGUAUAGUUCCCCCGGGUUCAUCCUUCAAUUGCCCAUGUAUGCUAAAUUAGAAAAACAAGUAGGCUAGGUUAGACCAGUGAUAUUGAGAAAACCACGACGCACAAGAGGGUGACACAAGAAGGUGACAGAACACUCACAUCCAUAAACACACACACACACAGUUGUAGCAUAGACGUGUGUGUAUAUGUGUGAGUGUAUCUGAAUGACCAUGCCACAUGAGAACUCUCCACUGCUGACCUGCGGACUCUCAAGCCUCCUCUCAGGGUUGGGUCAGGAUGGACAGGAUGAGCCCCUGGACGUGGACAGCAACCUCGGAGACCCUGCCACAUCGAGGGCACGCAGCCUGAACACAUUCUUCGGAGUGAUCGUGCCCACUGUGCUGUCCAUGUUCAGCAUUGUGCUCUUCUUGCGGACAGGCUUCGUGAUUGGCCACGCUGGGUUGUUCCAUUCUCUCAUUAUGCUAGGUGUGGCCUAUGUGAUCAUCUCCAUGACGAUACUGUCCAUUUGUGCCAUCUCCACCAAUGGGGCGAUACAAGCCGGCGGGGCUUACUUCAUGAUCAGUCGCUCCUUAGGCCCAGAGUUUGGGGGCAGCAUUGGGCUGAUGUUCUAUCUGGCCAAUGUGUGUGGCUGUGGAGUCUAUGUGCUAGGACUGGUGGAGGCUAUACUGGACUCAUAUGGACAAGAAGCAGGUUCCUCAGCUGCAGUGUUGCCUGGAGGUUACUGGUUUGGUGUGCUUUACUCGUCUGUGGUGUUGUUGGUGUGUAUGCUGGUGUGUCUAGUCGGCUCUCACCUGUACACCCGAGCCUCCUUCCUCAUUCUUCUGGUUGUCACAGUUACACUGCUGUCCAUCAUCAUCAGCACCCUGGUGCUGGGACCAAUCCCCAUCAGCCUGAACCACCCAGGGGAGACGCCCAACUCAACGCAUGUCUAUAACACCAGCUACACAGGCUUCAACCUUACUACACUUAAAAACAACUUGAAACCGGGAUACACCCUGGACUACAGCACCAGUACAAUAAUGACGUUCGCUAGUGUUUUUGCAGUCAUGUUUAAUGGCUGUACAGGAAUCAUGGCUGGGGCCAAUAUGUCAGGGGAGCUGAAGAACCCCAGUGUGUCAAUCCCAAAGGGCACCAUCAUCGCAGUGGCUUACACCUUCAUUGUCUAUCUCCUCUUCUUCCUUCUUGUCAGCUCCACCUGUGAGAGAGCGCUACUGGUUCAGGACUAUGGGUUCCUGCGGCGGGUCAACGUCUGGCCUCCAUUUGUCACCCUGGGAAUCUAUUGCUCCGCCCUCUCAGCAGCUAUGAGCACACUGAUUGGAGCAUCCCGCAUACUUCACGCCCUUGCACUCGACCAGCUGUUUGGCCGGCUCCUGGCUCCUGCCUCCAUUACCACUCAGGCAGGUAAUCCAUGGGUUGCUGUUCUCUAUACCUGGGCUCUUGUGCAGUGUGUAGUGUUUGCAGGUCAGCUGAACUCCAUUACCAGUCUGGUAACUGUGUUCUACCUCUUAGCCUAUGCUGCAGUUGACUUGGCUUGCCUUGCCCUGGAGUGGGCAUCUGCUCCCAACUUCAGGCCCACAUUCCAGUUCUUUUCCUGGCAUUCCUGCCUCCUGGGGAUUGUGGGUAGUGUAGUCAUGAUGUUUGUCAUUGAGCCUCUGUUCUCCUCAGCCAGCAUAGCUCUUCUUCUGCUGCUGCUCCUCUUCAUUCACUACAGAUCAGCCACCAGCAGCUGGGGAUACAUCAGCCAGGCGCUCAUCUUCCAUCAGGUGCGUAAGUACCUCCUGAUGUUGGAUGUACGGAAGGAACAUGUGAAGUUUUGGCGGCCCCAGGUAUUGCUGAUGGUGUCCAACCCACGGUCCUCCUGUCAGCUCAUCUCAUUCGUCAAUCAGCUCAAGAAAGGCGGACUGUUUGUACUGGGGCAUGUGCAUCUGGGGGAUCUGGACUCCAUGACCGCAGACCCAGUGCAGGCCCAGUAUCAGCACUGGCUGAGUCUGGUGGACCUGCUGGAGGUGAAGGCCUUUGUGGACCUCACACUCUCUUCAUCUGUCCGGCAGGGUACACAGCACCUGCUCCGCAUUACAGGCCUGGGUGGUAUGAAGCCCAAUACACUUAUCCUGGGUUUCUAUGACAACUGCGUCCCUGAUGACUACUUCCUGCAGGACCCGGUGUUCUAUGGCGGUGCGAGCACUCUCAACGUGGACCUGCCCUCGCUGCAGGCACACUUCCCACCCGUACGCAAUCACGAGUCACCGUGGCGCCUGGGCCCUGAGGAGUACGUUGGCAUGGUGCGAGAUGCCAUCAAGAUGGGCAAGAACGUAUGCCUGGCGCGCUACUUCCACCAGCUGCAGCCACUGGGCGGCGCCGGCGUUACACAGCUGAUCGACGUGUGGCCGCUGAACCUGCUGCGGCCCGAGAGCGGUGGCUUCGUGGACGUCUGCAGCCUGUUCCUGCUGCAGCUGGCCUGCGUGCUCAACAUGGCCGCCGCCUGGCGCCACGCCCGCAUGCGCAUCUUCCUGUGCGUGGAGGCCGACUCGCAGGGCGAGGGCGCCUGGCCCGGGGCCGGCUGGCUGCAGAAGGAGGCCGAGCUGCGGGAGCUGCUGCAGAAGCUGCGCAUCCGCGCCUCCAUCCAAGUGGUGAUGUGGGAGGUGGGGACCACAGAGACGGCGGUGAUGGAGGAGGGGGGCGGCAGUAGUAGCCGUCGCCGUGCGGCCACGCCGGGCGGAGGGGACGUCGGGGGAGGAGGGGAGGACGGCGAGAGUGGCGGCUGGGCCAGGACGGCGCCACACGUCUCGCCGGACUUCCUGCUCUCGGUCAAUGACAUGCUGCGGGAGAACAGCGCCCAGGCCGACGUGCGCUUCCUCUACCUGCCGCGUCCGCCGGCGCCCGCUGACCAGUCGCACACCUACCUGGCCCAGCUGGAGGCAGUGACGCACGAGCUGGGUCCCACCCUCCUAGUCCAUGGCCUUACGCCUGUUACAUGCACUGAGCUCUGAGUGAGAGAGUGAGAGAGGAAGGAAGGGAUGUAUGGAGAGAGAAAAGGGAAAGAGUGGAAGGCUAUGCAUGAAUGGAUAUGGUAUAAGAAUGAUUGUGUGUGUGUGUGGGUGGGGGGUGGUUUAUGUACCGUGCGUAUGUGUUAUGUAGGGCAUGUGUACGGUUGUGUUUGUAUGUACGCGCAGAAUGUGUCAGGAAGGGCAUGGGUAUGGCUGUUUUGCACUAAUUACACUAAUCAGGACUAAUCCAGGAAAGAGAGAGAGUGCUAAGUGCUGCAGAUGAAAAGCUUUCUCCUUCUCAUUAGCAUACCUCCUGUCCUUUCUGCCGCUUGCUUCCGUGCCUGUCUGCCAUUCCCCUCUCUCACUCAUACAGUAUCUCUCCCUCACCUCUCUCUCUGGAUGGAUUACCAGAACCAUCUCACAGCACAAAACAGAACUUCUGAACCUCACUCAUUUUAAUUGUGCCUCCGUUCUGCUCCAAAGUGCACCAUUAUGUCUUAACCCAUGUACUCUAUCAUGUAGAACCUCCAUCUGUACAUACCCCUAUAUUGCACUCAUAAUCUGUUUUUUUAUCAGUACUCUGUAGGCUAAGUCACACCAUUCCCUCCUGUAAUCAUUGUCCUUCAUUAAUAAUCACUUCCUCUGAUCUAUCUGUUGUCUUUUCUCUCUUUUAACAAAUUUACAUAUGAUCUUCUCCAGUCCUUAUCUCAGUCAUAUAUUUUUAUCACAGACCUUAAGUCACAAUUCAUAACCACCUCCUGUGUGUGAACCACUGGUAUCCUUUUCUUUUAGUCUCUUGUUUGGUCAUAACAUCCUCCUGUAUACUCUGUAACUAAUUCUUGUGUUCGAUCUUCUGCUGAUAGCACUAUGCUUUCUGUGUCACUCUUGCUUCUGGGCUCUGUAAGCCAAACACAGGCAGAGAAAUGCUGCUAUUCUCCCUACUGACUCAUCACUCAGCGGCAUGCCAUUAUGACAUCAAACUGUAGAGGACAUUUUUUAACACUGACGAAGGAGUUGGCGCAACACUCAUGGGACGUGAUGUGGAUGGACAAAGUAGAGCUGAUCAUAUUUUGACUGCUACUCUGAAGCCUUGUUUAGACAUUCAGACCUCAUUACAAAGCCUACUCCAGGACUGUAACCAUAGAAACAUAGCGAUUGCACUAAUGGCUGUUUCUCCUCUCUCUAGCUCUUGCUCUCUCAUUCUCUUAGAUGCUCUUUCCCAGCAAAGUUAAUGGAGUGUAUUCAUUGAUUUACCCUAUUUUUGGGAUAAAUAGGACUAAUGAGAGGCAGAUUGGACAGACAGACAGAGUGCAAAAGAUCAAGGUGAUCUGCAUAUAUGAGGAGAAAAGACAAUCUACUAAAUGUAUUCAUUUAUAAGCCUAAUUUAUUUGAAUGUGUUUGCUGAGUAAUCUGAGUGCAUCCAUUCCACAAUGACUUCCAUCCAUGGCUCAGACUCCUUGAACUUCAGUGUCUAGCUUCGGUAGGAUAAGGUCAAAGUUUAUGGAUGGUAUCUAACAAGCAAGGGUUUAUGUUGAUGCACACCAGGGUUUGUGGAACAGGCCUGUUUGUUUAGCAUGCCCUUUUUAAUAAAUAAUUAUUUUUAAAAGCAUA